AUGUGAUUCUGAAGGUGCAGUUGCAACAAAUAACAGUAAAAAUUUAAAUAACAAGAGUUUGUGGGCUCAAUAAAUAACUCCCCUCACCACUUAGAAAGGAAAAGUGUUCAUGAGCCCAUCGUGACAGGAAAUGGAAUAAAGAGAGUUUAUAUAAUAGAAAAAAAAAAUUUACUAUAAAAAGGAGGUCCAAAUUCUCUCCUUACAACUUUAGCUCAGCACUUGAGCUCAAAAAAUAUGGUUCUCUCUUUCCCCUCUCUUCCCACAAAAUGCUCACUUUUCGUCGUCCUUCACAUUUUAUUCUUCAAUUUUUCGUACUCUGAGCGUUACGAUGCGAUAUUCAGCUUCGGGGAUUCUCUCUCCGACGCCGGUAACCUCCUCACUAAGGGUGUCCCUCCCGAACUCACCACCGCCCGCCGACCCUAUGGCAUGACCUUCUUCGGGCGCCCAACUGGUCGCUGCUCUGACGGCCGUCUAAUCAUCGACUUUCUAGCUGAGGAAUUCGGGUUGCCACUGCCACCACCAUCGCAAGCUCGCGGGCAAAACUUCCGUAAGGGAGCGAAUUUCGCCGUGACGGGCGCCACCGCGCUUGACAACGACUUCUUCAAGGCGAGGGGCCUCGAUGGUAAGAUAUGGAACAGCGGAUCGUUGAGCACCGAGCUCCAGUGGUUCGAGUCGGUGAAGCCGUCUCUUUGCAGCACACAAAAAGAUUGUAAGGACUAUUUUGGUAAGUCUCUCUUCAUGGUCGGAGAAUUCGGAGGGAAUGAUUACAAUGCGGCGAUAUUCUCUGGCCGACGGAUGACUGAGGUGAUGAGCUACGUGCCGCAGGUUGUCGACGCCAUUUUGAAGGGUGUUGAGAGAUUGAUCAACCAUGGAGCUAAGGAUUUGGUGGUCCCAGGGGUUUUACCCAUAGGAUGCUUCCCUUUAUACCUAACACUAUACAAUACAAGCAACAAAGGGGACUACAACCCUAGGACAGGGUGUUUAAAGAGGUUCAACACUUUAUCUUUUCACCACAACAUGGUGCUUCGCAUAGAAGUAGAGAAGCUACAAAGGAAAUACCCAGGAACGAGGAUAAUAUAUGGGGACUAUUUUACACCCACCAUGCAAUUUGUGCUCACUCCUAAAAGAUUCGGAUUUAGCGACGGGGCUUUGAAAGCGUGCUGUGGCGCCGGAGGACAAGGUUCGUACAACUUCAACUUUGACAUCAAGUGCGGCGAGCGCGGGCCGGCUUGUCCGAACCCCUCGACGCAUGUGAGUUGGGACGGGAUCCACUUAACCGAAGCGGCUUAUCGUUCCAUAGCCAAAGGGUGGCUCAACGGUCCCUACGCAGACCCGCCCAUUCUCAGGUAGAGACCACGAAAACAGAAAAUUCAAAAAUUGCAUGUGACGCACGAUUGAUUAGAAAUAGAAUCAUGCUGGGCGUGUAACAUAGAGAUUGUUUUGCCCCGAGGACUCCAUCAGAAUAUAGAGAUUGUUUUGCGGGAAUUGUUAUUAUUUCUUUUUGUAAUACUCUAAAUUCCGUCUCAAUGAAUUUGAGCACUUUGUAAUAGAUGAUUCAUUUAUCACUGUCAA